CUUCAUCUCUUGAAAGAAAGAAAGAUCUGAUGGGUGAAAGAGAUAAGGCUCAAGUGUCUUUAAGUGUGGUAGAAUCGGACAUGGUGCUAAUGAAAGAGAAGCUCGAAUGUGAUGUACGAGCUAUGAUUGAUAAAAUGGAUCUAUCCAAUGCAGUUGUACAAAAGCUUCAGUUAGAAAUUGAAGCUGUUGCCGAAAAGCUCAAGGUGAGCUCUGAAGUUGAAGAAACCAAUGCACAGCUGCAGAGAGAUCUUUUAUUGAUCUUGAGCAUUUUGAAACGGAGCUACAGCAGCUUACUUCUAAGAAUAGGGAGAUUGCUGAAGUACUCUUGGUCUUAGAGUCUGUCAAUGAAGAACUUGGAAGCAAUAAGUUGACUGUGGUUGAACUUGUGGAAGAAAACAAAGCGAUGGUUCAAUCUUUACAGGAUAAAUCUGAGGAGGCAUACAAGCUUGCUUUGGAAAUUAAUGGUUUAAAAGAAAGUUUGCAUUCUGCACAUGAUGAGCUGCAAGCAGAAAGAAGCCAAAUAUAAAUUACAGAGUGUGAUUACAGAUCUUACUUCCCAAAUGAAGAAAACCGGAAGUUGUUGUUGCAAUUUGACCAACAGAAAUCUGAAUUGGGCCAUCUUAAGCAUAUGUUAUUGGACAUAGAAUCAGAGAAAUCUAGGGUUUGCAGUCUUUUACAGCAGUCCGAGGAGUGCCUCAUUGAUGCUCUCAAAGAGUCUUCCGCUAUUACUUUUCUGGAAUCUCAGUUGUCUGAAAUGAAUGAACUUUCAAUAGCUGCAGAUGUUAGUCUUAUUUUCUUAAGAGCUCAGUACGAAAACUGGACCACUGACCUUGUUCGUCAACUUUCCAGGUCUGAAAGACAACUUGCAGAGCUUCAAAAGAAGCAUCAUAAUUUUGAGAGUAUACUUAAUGGUUAUCUUGCUCGUGAAGCACACUGCAUUGAAGAAAAUAAAAGAUUAUCACUGACUCUUGAAUCCCUAAAAUCAGAGUUAGAAGCUUCCAUGGUUGAAAACCAGACACUUCUCAAUAAAAAUAGCUCUGUAAUAGCUGAGCUUCAGGACUACAAAAGUAAGAGCGAAAAGAUUGAGUUUGCUUACUCUGAGGAUAUCAGCAUGCACUUGAAGUUGAAAGGCUGAAGCACUUACU